GCGGUGAUGGAUGCAUCAGCGGGACCAGAGCACCAGCAAUUUACCACAGUCGUUUGAAGGCCGAAAGAAAUCGACGAUGCGACCACACAGCUUGGACCGCGCCGAAGAGAGGAAGGAAGCACCAACAAAAGAAGAAGAGGGAAGAAGAAAACCAUGCGAAGAUUAGAUCCUUCUAGGAUGAGUAGGUGGGAUUGGAUUUGGCAGGCGCGCGGCUCGUUGGCGGUGGAUGCCGGUGAUGCGAAGGAGUAGGACAAGAAGGGGCCAGGGGGUGGAGUUUAGUUGGUUGGUGUCCGAACAGAUCGGAGGGGAGCAGAAGGGAGAAACUCGGAGUAGGGUAGAGAGUAUAGGGAGAAUGCACACGCGACACGUAGAGCAGUGCAGGACGGAGAAAGUGGAGAAGAGACGAGAAAGCGAAGAGACGGAACGUAAGUGAUAGAACGCUGAUGGUGUAUAGGUGAACUGCGGACAACCGAACCACCCGAACUCGGAUGCCCGACGGUAUUUAAGGGAGAGCCACGAGUGUAGCGCGCCAGUUGUUCGCACAGUCGGUCGGCGGUUAGCUUUAUGAACUGAUACCCGCUGGACCAUCACGCGGUCGCGUGGCACCAAAUGUAUAAUGUGCGCGAAUAAAUAAACUCGAUAUAAAGUCAUCUCAACAGACAAUUUAAAUAAAUAAUCUCAAUCAACAAUCUUACAAAGUUAAGAAGUUUCAGACUAGGACUUGAUGAAACGCGUGAAGUGUAUUAGACGACCGCGUAAUCAUUUAUUGCUCACCGAUUCAUCUUAUGAACUGUCAUAAUAUCUAAAAUUGUAAAAAAACACGAAAGUGAGCGCACAAGUGCUAAGUUAAGUGAAUAUAUAUGAAGGAUUAUGAGGUUUUUCCCCAAAGCAACAACGGCGUUAUGUAAAAGUACACACAUAUGGCAUUGCUUAAAUUCUUCAUACUUGAAGAUCGAAAAAAUUCGAUAUCUUUGAAUCUCGGACGAUACAGAUGAGUGUUUUAAAGAGAAAAAAAUAAUACAAGCACAUGUUAUAUCAUUACAAUUGUUGUACAACUUUGUAUAAAAAAACUGUCUUAUAUACGAAAAAUAAGUGACAAGAAAACAAUUAUUUUGUAGAAUUAUAAAGGGAGUCCAAAUAAUGAUCUUGAAAGAAACGAGAAACAAGAAAUGAAUAGUAAAAAAAAAGCUAUUAUCGAGUGAACUAUAAACGUUUCUUUUACAAUCUUACAAACAUAUUUCGGUAUCCGAUGCUAUUGCUGGCAUUGGAGUUGAUUCUCGCACAAUCGUCCGUUGGAACUUUACGACAAGAAGGUACAUAUUUUGCACGAUCCAAUGUUUUGUCAGAACUCACCGGGACGUCUUCCAGUCGUAGUGUUUCGGUCAUCAGGAUCUUGUCUGAUGGACGAUCGGAACGGAUUGUUCAGUGGCCCGGAGCUUGUGCCAAAGAGACCGUCGUCGAUUGGGGAAAUACGGACGUGACACUGCAACAAGUCUGGCUUCGGAAGUCAAGCAGAAAGCUGCAAUUGAUAUACACCGGUGAAACUUUGACUGACUGCAUUGACGAGAAGCUCGCGCAGUGGAACGACAGCGAGUGUUCGUCCAGCUCACGCGGUGUCUAUCACUAUCACGAUGACGGUGACGAUGAGAUGUCGAUCGAGACGUUCCAACUGGACGGCAAGGACGCUUCGAUGAUACCCCGUGAUAUCUCUUGGCUAUUGUCAACAUCAGAGCUUCAUCAUCAGUGCGAUCGCGUGAGAAUGCGAGCACGAAACCAAGUCAUGGCUCAACGUCGAUAUAGAAAAUGUGCAAAAGCGAGAAAUACAACGAAUGGAAAACAAAGUCGAAGUCGGAAUCGAAAUCGAAGGGAGUUAUUUAUGAUACCAGGAACGCAAUGGUGCGGCCGCGGUGAUCGUGCCACCAAAUACACCAAUCUAGGCGGUUUCGGCGUGGCUGAUGCCUGUUGCCGUAAACACGAUACCGCUUGUCCCUUUUUUAUCCCGGCAUUUGAGACACGUUAUGGCGUUUUUAAUUGGAGAAUUUCGAGCAUGAUGCAUUGUACUUGCGAUGAACGAUUUCGCACGUGUUUGAAAAUGGCCGGGACUGCGUCGGCCGAUUUUAUAGGCAAAAUCUUUUUCGACGUGCUGCAAUCGAAGUGCUUCGUUUUGAAGCCGCAGAAAGUGUGCGUGAAACGGUCUUGGUGGGGCAAAUGUCUGCAUUACGAAUACCGGAAACAAGCCUACGUACGAGAUAAUGUUCCUUACUAAACCAAAGGGUGUGCAAUGUGAGAAAUUGACGUGAAAAAAAAUAUAAUAAUAAUGAAAUAUUCUUCUUCCGGAGAUGUCAAUAGCAAUUCUCAGGGAUGUAAUAUUUUAUCGAAUAUUUAUAUGUCAAAGAGAAAAUAAAAGAAAAGAAUCCAAUCGAUUAUUAAAUCGAGAAAUUAUAUCGCCAAAGAUACGACUGACAAUACAACGUAAUGUUCUUAAUGCGAAUGAAUCAUUAUAUUAAGUCUGCCGAUAAUUAGACACCUUGAAUAAUAACGUCAGAAAGGAGGAGAGUAUAAGCGAAUGAUUCUUUCAAUUCACAUCCACAUAAAUGCCUUCGUCUCAAUAAAAUCACUGAAAAAGUAAACUACUUCUUUGGCAUAUAUCAUAAUAUAAUAUUUAUAUAAAAAUUUUUUAACGUUAUUUAUAAAUAUAUUAUAAAAUUUAUUUAAAUUUAAAUUAAAUCAUUCGUUUAUUUUCUCACUUCUGUCGUUUAAUUGUAGAAAAUUGGCAUAGAGAUCGACGAUCCUAAUAUAGAUUUAUUAAAUUUGUAGAUAAAAUUCGUUAAUUUUCAAAUAUCACUAAUGUACUGUUAGUGUACCAAUAGAAUUGCGCUAUUCAGUUUUCAUUUUUAAUGUAAAAAUAUAAAAAUAAGAAGAAAAAAUUAUAUAUAGGCUACGUAUAAAAUAUACAAUAUCGAGGAUCGUUUGA